AUGGUUGAUAACGUCCAGUUUAACUCUGAGGUCCUACAGUUCCUCAUCUAUGAUGUGAAAACAACCGACUGGUUUCAGGAAUGGCCAGAUUCCUACGUGAAGCACAUCUACAGUUCAGAGGACAGGAACGCACAGAGGCACCUGAGCAGCUGGGCCAUGCGCAAUACCAACAAUCACAACUCCCGCAUCCUGAAGAAGUCCUGCCUGGGAGUGGUGGUUUGCAGCCUGGACUGCUCUGCCGAGGAAGGAAGGAAGAUCUACCUGAGACCAGCCAUCUGCGACAAAGCCCGGCAGAAGCAGCAGAGAAAACGGUGUCCUAAUUGUAAUGGUCCUUUGAAACUCAUUCCUUGCCGUGGCCAUGGAGGCUUCCCAGUUACCAAUUUCUGGAGGCACGAUGGACGCUUCAUCUUUUUUCAGUCAAAAGGGGCACAUGACCAUCCAAGGCCAGAAACAAAAUUAGAGGCUGAAGCAAGACGGUCAAUGCAGAAAUCUCAUACGGCAUCUUCCUCCUCCUCCUCCUCUUCUGCCUCUCCCAAGCUGAAGAAGAGCCUAGGGACUAAGUCCCUACCAGGUGAAACCCAAAGUCAAGAAAGUUUACCUUUAACUUGGUCUUACCAAGAAAGCUUCCAAUUGUCCAGUAGUUGUAAUGGGCAUUUAAUCGAUAACACACCCCAGAAGAAGCCUCUGGAUAAUUGCCUUUCACUUACCAAGAAUUAUUAUUUUGGAAGAACCUCACAGCUAGUAGAGCCUUUGGUGAACUCAGAGUCCACUAAGUUGUAUGAGAAAUGCAAAUUGACCUCUAGUCGGAUUUGCACCAGUGGAGAAUUACUUCAGCCAUCUCACUCCGGGGUCUACUCGGAUUACGGAGAUCUUCAGAACUGGAAUAGGAAUACAGGCUUGGGGGGCCCUCCCGAUUAUGAUAAUUACUGUCCUGGCUAUUCUUUCCCUUUGACCAGUUGGUCUUGUGACAUCCCCCCUCCACUGAGCUGUAUGGAAGCAGGCAACCAGCAGCUGUCCGGCGAGAAGUCAGUGGCCAAAGCUAGCUACCACCCCUUCAGACCCAACUCGGCCGUGUCUGGGGGGGACCUGUAUGAAGAGAAGCUGCACGUGGAUUUUAAUGGCUAUUUCCCCACUGCUAGGUACCACUUCCCUCAGGAAGACCCUUUUCUCCUCAGCUACACUCCUCACCACCAGUACUCACUUCCAACCAAGGGGAGCAAAUGGGACUUGGAUGAAGAAGUAAAAUGUAUGUCUUUGGAUCAUGAUAACAGUGAAAUGCUUCUAAACAUCUAUCCUUUAAGAUGAUACCAGACUGACCCUGCUUGUCGGCCCACUACCCUCAAAUUUCCCCAUCAAAAUAUAACCAAACAAAAACUUGUACUAUGAAAGGGAACAAUGGGCAGUUCUUACUUCUCUCCACUAAUCUUUUGGGCACAUCCUUUAUCCCGCUGUGUUGGCCCAAGCUCAGUUUUUUUGUUUGUUUUUUGUUUUUGUACAUCAAGAUCUGUAAUAUCUGGUUACUUCCCCUUAGCAUUGACAUAUCCAAUACUUCAGAUCUAACACCAUUUCUCAGCAUAUCUCUCAACAGCUGCUUGAAAGAAGCAUGGGGGAGAGAAUGGAGAAACACAUGGGGAAGGGAGUAGAGAUUAUAUUAUCCAAAGCCUUUAAAACUGUAUCUUAUCCUACAUUUGAUAAUAAAAUAUUCUUAUUUGUCCUA